AAAGAAGAAACGUUUCGAUGAGUCACUCUGUCACUUCACACUUCUCAGUCACUGAUAGAUGCUCUCUCUCUCUCCUCUGUCUUUCUACUGAGGAACAGCAAGUAAAGCACUCAAUUUUUUCUACAGAAAACAGAGGUCUCACCGGCGGUGGGUGCACUGCUUCGACGUCGUUUUGCUCGGCGAGCUCCGGUUUUUCGGUGUUGUAAAUGUUAAUGAAUAGUGGAAGAACUAGAUAUUUCAUGUUGUAGAAGUGUGUUUUUGGAUGGGGUCCUAAGGUUUGGAAUUGCUGCAAGAUUUCUCUUGAGAAGCUUCAAUGUCAGGGACCAAAGUGAUUUUAACGUACAAGCGAAAGCGGCAAUCAAGGAAAGGUCUUGUACAGGGACAUGAGUGCCAUAAUGCUCUUUUUGUUGCUCCGAGUGAUACUUCUCCAUGUAGAGAAGACUUGCAAGUUCAUUUGAUUGAAGAGCGCUCAGCCAAAGACUAUAGCAGACUGGAGGAUAAGAAACAAGUUAAAGUACCUGAGCCGAGACAAUUGACAAUUAAUUCCCAUAAAUUUCUGACAAGUCUUGAUGAGGGUCCCUCCGAAAGGGAUACGUAUGGAUCCUCUUCUAUGGACCUAUCAUUGGAGAAUAAGUCAAGUCACCAGAAAGUUGGCUCGUCCUCAAAUACUAAUAGUGAAGCGUUGGUUGAUGAUAAUAAUCUUGGAGGGAGGUUAGUUUGCGGAUUGACAGGGAAUGCCACUGAAAUGACUGCUGAUUUUGUCCGACCAAAAUCAUUAUCAUCAUCAUCAUCAUUUGAAAGAAAAAGUGGCUCUAAAUGUGUUGGUAUAUCGCUAAGAUUGAAUGUAUCAAACCUGGAAGACACUGAUUCACUCUCUAAAAAUAAGGUAGAUAGCUCAUGUGGUGAUUCAGCUGUGCAGACCAAGUCGACUGCCCCAUUGAUUACCUUCUGCCGAAGGAAAAAAAGAAGAAAGGAUACAGAUAAGUCUGAUAUACGAAGCAAAUCUGUGCCUGUGGAAAACAAUUGCUCAUUGGUAACCAAAUUGAGUAAUUCUGUUUGUGCUAAUGCCGCUUCGUGUGACGAAACUUCCCCUGAAAACUGCUCAGUAAAUCAUGAGACAGAUUUGAAGCACUCCAUAGACGAAGCUCAAGUUUUGUCAAGUGAUGAUCUUAAAGCAACAGUAAUCCCUCGUUUAGGCAGAUCACUUCCUUACUUGGACCUGUCUGUUAUCCCAACUGAUUCAUGCGGCACUGUGGACUGCAAUUUUGACUUAAACUUGAGUCCUGCUAAGCAACCUGACACCGAUGCACCAAAAGCUGUGGGGGACUCGUUGGAUUCUACUAGCAGAAAUCAUGCCUUUGUAUUACAUAAACCGUCUCCUCCACAAAUGUCGGCUGAGAGAACUGGAAGAGUGGAAACUCAAGCUUCACAAUUACACAGAGAUCGAUUUGAAUGUUUAGAAGUUGGUGCCAGCUGCAAAGAUGAUGAUGAUAAAGUUGGUUCUCUGAUUUCCGAGGAGAAUACUUCCAAAAAUAAAUGUCUGCAGCUGUUUCCAGAAGAAAAAACCAGUGGCAUUUUUUGCCCGGUGAUAACACAUCCUGAGGUAGUUGCUUCUGUAGCUUCAGAACGGAGAAAAGUUCUUCAGUUGGGAGGCCAACAUGAUCAACCAAAACAAGGAUCUCCUAUGUUUUUGGGUCCAUCCUUAACCGAAAAACCUAUAUUUGCAGGAUGUGCUGCCAAUACCUGCUUCAAUACAUCUCCCUUCUUGAACUCCAUCAUUAGAACAAGAGAAUUCAUCCGAGAUGCAGCGCUCCAAUCUUCUUCAAGCCGUUUAUCAUCAGUUUUGAGGCACAAGCUUAUGCAUGACGGUGUAGUAAGCCAAGCAAGAGCUUUGAAUGAAAGGGGUGGUUUUCAUGACAAAUAUAUGCCAUAUAAUACCAUGUGGUCUGAAGAAGAGUUGGAUUUUCUAUGGAUGGGUGUGAGAAGAUAUGGACGGGACAAUUGGAAUGCUAUGUUAAGGGAUCCAAGAUUGCACUUCUCACCACGGAGGGUGGCAAGGGACUUAGCUGAGCAGUGGGAAGAGGAACAAUCAAAACUUUUUAGUGGCAUUUGUGUUCCCCAAUUGGGAUGCAACUACUUCUCGGGUCCAAAAAGAGGAAUAUGGAAAGAAAAUACAGCAGACAUGACCCAAGUUUCACUUGGCGAUGUUGAUGCUUGUAGAGGAGGUGAUGUCUCGAGGAGGCCACCAUUCAAUUCGGCUUAUACUUGCAACAAUGGCAAUGAAAACCACCGGAGGCCUCUUGGUUACACAAAGAGGACAUCUCGUUUUGAAACGGGAAAGGACACACAUGAGGAUGAUGAAUUUAGUAUUCUAAAUAGAAGUAGAAGUAUUCGGAGGGGCAAGUUGUUAUCGACUGAUGUCCCCACAACUUGCACUGGACCACAGGGAAAUUUGCCCCACUGGCUCAGAGAAGCUGUUGCUUCUCCACCCCCAACUGUGCCUUCAACUGUUUCAUCAAUUGCUCAUUCAGACAGGUUGAAUGUCACCCUUGCUGGUUUUGAUCAUCGGGAAUCACAUUUGGCACCAAGGAAUGAAAUGCAGGUAAAUGCUCCUCUUUUCAACUAUUCACGACUUGGGACGGGGAAACAGAGAAGGGAUCAUUCUCGUCGUGCGGGUAAACAAGACAACGUAAUUAUUAUAGCCAGCGAUGGUUCUUCUGAAGAGACUAUAUCUGAUGAUCGUAGGUAGCUGGGCAGGUGGAAAUCUGUUUGUUAACGGGAAGCUGUACAAAGGUGGUGUACACAGUUUGUUAGUCAGGCAAUUUGUUAACGAAUUUUAGUCUUUGUAAUUCCACUAAUAGAAGUUUAAUACCACUAGACCGCAACUUCAGAAAUUUAAAAUA